AUGUGGGAAAAUAGACCACGGAAUAGUGAUAAUGAAAGUCAAGAAGAUAACAAUGAUAUUGAAGGCAAUGCGAAUGAAAAUAAUGAGGACAAUGCGAAUAAGAGGGAUCAUGAAGACUAUGAUGACAAUGAGGGGAAUUUGUAUUGGGUAACUAAGUAUAGUGGGUGGUGCGUAGUGAACCAAAUAGACAAGAAUCCAGAUGAGCAGCAGCUCUUUCAUGGCUUCCCUUCUCAGCCCAACCCCAACCAUCACUCUCCAACACAAGAUUAUGGACUAGUUAGUCUCCACCAUGUUGGAAUCUUGUGUGAGAAUUUGGAGAGGUCAUUAGACUUUUAUCAGAACAUUCUUGGUCUUGAAAUAAAUGAGGCUAGGCCAGAUGAUAAACUCCCCUAUAGGGGGGCUUGGUUACGGGUGGGUUCUGAGAUGAUUCACCUCAUGGAGCUUCCCAAUCCUGACCCUCUAACCGGAAGACCUGAGCAUGGAGGCCGUGACAGGCACACUUGUGUUGAGAUUCGGGAUGUGUCGAAGCUGAAAGCAAUCCUUGAUGAAGCUGGUAUUCCAUACACGCUUAGCAAGUCUGGGAGGCCAGCGAUUUUUUUCCGAGAUCCAGAUGAAAAUGCUCUGGAAUUUGCACAGUUCUGAUGGCUGACAUGUUGCAGCACCCAUAGUAUCACAUUGUGAUAUUGAUAAUGCCUUCAGGGGUAUCAUUAUAUUCAGGCAAUGAUAGAGAUUAUACAUCAUGUAGUUAUGUACAGAUGAUUUUGCAUUUGAACAAUGACUGUUAUAUAGGCU